GCUUCUUUCCCUUAUCCAAUCUGAUCUUUUCUGAUUUAUACUUGUGGAAGAACACCCAGCUCUUCCGUUGUCUCUUCUUUCUCGGUGCUUUUGUUCGAUUCAAUCAGUCUCACAAGUUCUUCCGCUUCCCUUUCCACCAAAGCUUUGAUUUUUUUUAUUACGUUUACCUCGAAAUCCAACAAACUCCAAAGUUUUCGAUCUGAUGGGCGCUCACCAGAGCAGGAGGCCUGACGCGCCACCGGUCCUCUUGGUCGACGGUGGCGGCAGCUCCAGACCGGCGGCCGGGGAGGCGAGCCAUGCGAACAUCCGGUACGUGGCCGAGCUGAGCUCCUACGCGGCCGCCUGCCGCCUCGACCCUGAGCUCCAGACCUUCGAUACCACGCUCCAGCAGCGCACCAGCCGCGCCAUCUCCACCCUCGCUCUCGGAGUCGAGGUCCGCUCCCUCUCCCUCGACUCCCUCCGGGAGAUCACCAGCUGUCUUCUGGAGAUGAACCAGGAGGUGGUGAAGGUCAUCCUGGCCUGCAAGCGAGACAUCUGGAAGAGCCCCGAGCUCUUCGACCUAGUCGAGGACUACUUCGAGAACAGCCUCCAGACCCUCGACUUCUGUACCGCCCUCGAGAGGUGCCUCAAGAGAGCUCGCGACAGCCAACUCAUCAUCCACGUUGCGCUGCAGCGCUUCGCGGAGGGGGAAGACGAAACCGAAGCCGAGGACUGCAACAAGAAGUAUUCCAGGACCUUGGACGAGUUGAGGCUUUUCAACACGGCCGGCGACCCCUUCACGGAAGAGUUCUUUCGGGUCUUCCAGUCCGUCUACAGGCAGCAGCUGCUCAUGCUCGAGAAGCUGCAGCUGAGAAAGAACAAGCUCGACAAGAAGCUGAAGUCCAUCAAGGCAUGGAGGAAGGUCUCGAGCAUAAUCUUUGCGGCCACCCUGGCCGCCGUCCUGAUCUGCUCAGUGGUCGCAGCUGCUGUUUCUGCGCCGCCAGUCGCUGCUGCUUUGGCCGCUGCUGCGUCGAUCCCGAUCGGGUCGAUGGCGAAGUGGAUCGACUCACUGUUGAAGGACUACGGAAAUUCUGUGCAGGGGCAAAAGGAGGUGGUUGGCUCCAUGCAAGUAGGCACCUUCAUCGUCAUUAAGGACUUGGAUAGCAUUCGGGUGUCGAUCGACAAGUUGGAAAUCGAGAUCGUUUCGCUUUUGGAUAAUGCUGAUUUCGCCAUCAAGGAUGUGGAGGCAGUGAAGAUUGGGAUCGAGGAGAUCAAGAAGAAGUUGGAGGUGUUCACGAAGAGCGUGGAGGCUUUGGGGGAGCAGAAUGAUAAGUGCAGCAGGGACAUCAGGCGAGCUCGGACUGUUGUACUGCAGAGGAUCAUUAGGACUCCUAAAUGAAUGAAUGAAUAAUGAAUAAUGAAUACUUAAGCUGAAAUUAUUGCUCUCGUUCAUACUUAAUUCGAUUCUAUGUUUUUGAUAGUUGCUAUGUAGCAGUUCUGCAUCCACUCCACCCCAAUAACAUCGAGAAGUUGGAAGCCAA